GCCUCGCCGGGACAGCCGUUGGCGGUGUCGCAGGCUCCGCGGGGAGGGUCGCGGGCUCGUCAGUUCUCGGUGGACGCGGCCGGCCGGCGGAGCACGAUGGCGACCACCGUCAGCACGCAGCGCGGGCCGGUGUACCUCGGCGAGCUCCCACAGGACUUCCUCCGCAUCGCGCCCACGCAGCAGCAGCAGCAGGUGCAGCUGGACGCGCAGGCGGCCCAGCAGCUGCAGUACGGAGGGGCAGUGGGCACGGUGGACCGCCUCAACAUCACCGUGGUGCAGGCCAAGCUGGCGAAGAACUACGGCAUGACCCGCAUGGACCCCUACUGCCGGCUGCGCCUGGGCUACGCGGUGUACGAGACACCCACGGCCCACAACGGCGCCAAGAACCCGCGCUGGAACAAGGUCAUCCACUGCACCGUGCCCCCCGGCGUGGACUCCUUCUACCUGGAGAUCUUUGACGAGCGCGCCUUCUCCAUGGACGACCGCAUCGCCUGGACGCACAUCACCAUCUCGGAGGCGCUGCGGCAGGGCGAGGUGGAGGACAAGUGGCACUGCCUCAGCGGGCGGCAGGGCGACGACAAGGAGGGCAUGAUCAACCUGGUCAUGUCCUACUCGUCGGUGCCGGCCACCAUGGUGAUGCCGCCGCAGCCUGUGGUGCUGAUGCCCACCGUGUACCAGCAGGGCGUCGGCUACGUGCCGCUCACAGGAGUGCCCGCGGUGUGCGGCCCCGGCGUGGUGCCCGUGGCCCUGCCCCCGGCCGCCAUGAGCGCCGCGCCCCGCUGGAGCGAGGAGGACCUGCGGGCCGUGCAGGACAUGUUCCCCAACAUGGACCGCGAGGUGGUCCGCUCCGUGCUGGAGGCCCAGAGGGGGAACAAGGAUGCCGCCGUCAACUCGCUGCUCCAGAUGGGCGAGGAGUCCUAGACCCCGCCCCCGCCCCGCCCCACCCCCCCCCCCCCGCCCGCCCGCCCGCCCCCCGGGCUCGCGCACCCAGGGUUCCCCACGAGAUUCCUGUCGCGAGCCCUGUGCAGCCCUGGCCUUGGAUGACCGCGUCGCUCAAGUCCACGCCCCAUCGGGGACGCACGUGGGGUUUUGGCUCCUGACGGGCACUUGGGACUGCCCGCCGGGGUGGGCCUGCGGGUGGCCUCCCUCCCUCCCUCCUUCCCUUCCUCCCUCCGCGUUGCCUGUGCGCCUGGCUGCUCACCGGUCCCGGCUGGUGUGGUGUCAGGCCAGGGCUGUCCUGAGCUCAGAGGUCCCUUCUGUCCUUCCUCGGGGCUGCACCGCCUGCCCCGGUUUGCCUGUGCACCGGAAGCCACAGCGGGGGCGAGGAACAGUGGGCGGGGCACUCUGCUGAGCGAGGGGGGUGGGGCCUGCUGGCGCUCUGCCCACGCUGGUUCCGGGAACACUGCUGUCUGGGGAGCUCGGCCCGGUGGGGGGGCAGGGUCUGCGAGGUGCCCGCUCGGGCGUGAGGUGCGUGCGACAGCCCGCACCCUGGCCCUGCUGCAGCCGCGGACACAGGGCAGGGACCUGUGGGUGGGUGACACCUGGGAUAUUUGAGGGGUUUCCCAGGGACGACGCACUUUAACCCACACCCAUGAG